AGACUGCAACUCCAUUUUAUUCCUCCUCUGACUCAACAGUCAACACUGAAACUAAGAAACAGAACUAUGCCUUCAUCAUCAUCAUCUUCUUCUUCUGGUUCAGUUGCUAUAAUCUCCAAAUGCACAGUUUAUCCAGCCAAAAACUCCAUAACCAAAUCCUUGAAGCUCUCGGUUUCUGAUCUCCCCAUGCUCUCUUGCCAAUACAUCCAAAAGGGUGUUUUGCUAUCCCAACCUCCCAUGCCUUUUAACCACCUCAUUUCCCUCCUCAAACUCUCCCUCUCUAAAACCCUUUCCCACUUCUCCGCCAUCGCCGGCCGCCUCUCCACCGACCCCCAAGGCCAUGUCCACAUCCUCUGCAACGAUUCCGGGGUGGAAUUCAUCCAUGCCACUGCAACCCACCAUUUCACCGAUCAAAUUCUACUCCCCAAUUGCGAUGUUCACCCAUGCUUUAAGACGUUCUUCGCCUUCGAUAAAACGUUGAGUUACGCCGGACACCACCAACCCAUCGCCGCCGUGCAAGUGACAGAGCUUGGCGAUGGGGUUUUUAUUGGGUGCACCGUCAAUCACGCGGUGGUCGACGGAACGUCGUUCUGGAACUUUUUCAAUACGUUUGCUGAGAUCUCCAAGGGAGCCAAGAAAGUAACGAAUUCACCGGACUUCAGCCGGGAAAAUGUUUUUAUUUCUCCCGUAGUCCUCCCGCUUCCCGCCGGUGGGCCUUCCGCGACGUUCUCCGGCGACGAACCGGUACGGGAGAGAAUCAUCCAUUUUACCAGAGAAGCAAUUUUGAAGAUGAAAUUCAGAGCGAAUAAUCAGAUAUGGAAUCCCCAAAAUUCGGAUUCGAAUGAAUCAGAGAUUUACGGGAAGGCAAGUAACGACGUUAACGGAAAGCUUAACGGCGCGUUAAAGCCCAAAAGCGAAAUUUCGUCCUUCCAGUCCUUGAGUGCCCAACUAUGGCGUGCCGUCACGCGCGCGCGUAAAUUUCCAGAAACGAAAACGACAACAUUCAGGAUGGCGGUGAACUGCAGACACAGGAUAGACCCUAAGGUGGACCCCCACUAUUUUGGUAACUUGAUCCAGAGCAUCCCGACCGUUGCUUCCGUUGCGGACCUGCUGUCACAUGAUUUGUCGUGGGCAGCCAAUCAGCUCCACCAGAAUGUAGUGGCGCAUGAUAACGCUAUUGUGCGCCGGGGUGUGAAGGAUUGGGAAAGCAAUCCGAAACUAUUUCCAUUGGGGAAUUUUGAUGGUGCGAUGAUCACCAUGGGUAGCUCUCCUAGGUUCCCGAUGUAUAACAAUGAUUUCGGGUGGGGACGGCCGUUGGCGGUUCGCAGCGGCAAGGCGAAUAAAUUCGAUGGUAAGAUUUCGGCAUUUCCGGGAAGGGAUGGUGACGGCAGUAUUGAUCUUGAGGUGGUUUUGGCUCCCGAAACCAUGGCCGCUCUUGAACAUGACCAAGAAUUUAUGCAAUACGUGUCCUAAAGGUUGUUUUCUUUAAUGGAUUCCAUCAUACAUUUUGUUGUCGAUUGAUUUCUCUAGCAUAUUGUUGUAUAAAUAUUUGAAAUAAUAACGAUUACAAACGAGUGAUUGAAUUUUGUUAGUACUCGAA